GCUCCUCACUGUCUCACAGCGCACAUCCCCGUUGCACUGACAGACGCUGCGGCGACGCCAGGUUGGGGACACCGGCGGAGGAUCCAGGGACCAGUCUCUCCGAGGAUGGCUGUGAGGGAGACUCCUAGAAUAUUGGACCCCAUGGCUUCCUGGACAGGAUCCUGGUGGCUGCUGACACGAAUGAUCUUUACAGUCUCUGGUCUCCUGCAGGCCACAGCAGAGAAGUCUCCUGGAGCCUACUUCCUUCCUGAGUUCGCACUCUCUCCUCAGGGAAGCUUUCUAGAAGAUACCACAGGGGAACAGUUCCUCACGUACCGCUAUGAUGAUCAGACCUCAAGAAAUGCUCACUCCGAGGAAGACAAAGAUGGCGACUGGGACGCCUGGGGAGACUGGAGUGACUGCUCCCGGACCUGUGGGGGAGGAGCCUCCUAUUCUUUGCGAAGAUGUCUGACUGGAAGGAACUGUGAAGGACAGAACAUCAGAUACAAGACUUGCAGCAAUCACGACUGCCCAGCAGAUGCAGAAGAUUUCAGAGCCCAGCAGUGCUCAGCCUACAAUGAUGUGCAGUACCAGGGUCAUUAUUAUGAAUGGAUUCCACUACACAAUGACCCUGCUGCCCCAUGUGCACUCAAGUGUCAUGCUCGGGGACAGAGUUUGGUGGUAGAGCUGGCACCCAAAGUGCUGGAUGGAACUCGUUGCAAUGCUGACACUCUGGAUAUGUGCAUAAGUGGCAUCUGCCAGACCGUGGGCUGCGAUAGACAGCUGGGUAGUAGCGCCAAGAAGGACAACUGUGGGGUCUGUGCGGGGGACGGCUCCACCUGCAGGCUGGUGCGGGGUCAGACCAAGGUGCACCUGUCUCCUGAGAAAAAGGAAGAAAAUGUGAUUGCUGUUCCCUUGGGCAGUCGAAGUGUGAGGAUUACUGUGAAAGGACCUGCCCUGCUCUUUAUUGAGUCAAAAACACUUCAAGGAAGCAGGGGAGAACACAGCUUCAGCAGCCCUGGGGUUUUCGUUGUGGAAAACACGACGAUUGAGUUUCAGAAGGGCGCCGACAGACAAACCUUCAAGACUGCGGGACCCCUGAUGGCUGACUUCAUCUUCAAGACCAGGUACACGGUGGCCAAAGGCAGCGUGGUCCAGUUCUUCUUUUACCAGCCCAUCAGCCAUCAGUGGAGACAGACUGACUUCUUUCCCUGCACCGUGACAUGUGGAGGAGGUUAUCAGCUCAACUCUGCUGAGUGCGUGGAUAUCCGCUUGAAAAGGGUAGUGCCUGACCACUAUUGCCAUUACUACCCGGAAAAUGUGAAGCCCAAACCAAAGCUGAGGGAAUGCAGCAUGGAUCCUUGUCCGUCGAGUGAUGGAUUUAAAGAGAUUAUGCCCUAUGACCACUUCCAACCUCUCCCUCGCUGGGAACAUAAUCCUUGGACUGCAUGUUCGGUGUCCUGUGGAGGAGGGAUUCAGAGACGGAGUUUCGUGUGCGUAGAGGAAUCUAUGCAUGCAGAGAUUCUACAAGUGGAAGAAUGGAAGUGCAUGUAUGCACCCAAGCCCAAGGUGAUGCAGACUUGCAACCUGUUUGAUUGCCCCAAGUGGAUUGCCAUGGAGUGGUCUCAGUGCACAGUGACUUGUGGCCGAGGGUUGCGCUACCGAGUGGUUCUGUGUAUCAACCAUCGUGGGCAGCAUGUUGGGGGCUGCAACCCACAGAUGAAGCUGCACAUCAAAGAGGAGUGUGUCAUCCCCAUCCCGUGCUAUAAGCCUAAAGAAAAAAGUCCAGUGGAAGCUAAAUUACCUUGGCUGAAACAAGCACAAGAGCUAGAAGAGACCAGAAUAGCCACAGAAGAACCCAAGUUCAUCCCAGAGCCCUGGUCGGCCUGCAGCACCACAUGUGGGCCGGGCACUCAGGUGCGUGAGGUGAGGUGUCGGGUGCUCCUCACAUUCACACAGACAGAGACUGAGCUCCCUGAGGAGGAAUGUGAAGGCCCCAAGCCACCCACAGAGCGACCCUGCCUCCUUGAAACCUGUGACCAGAGCCCUGUGUCUCGAGAACUGGGUGGCCCUCUCCAGGAGAAGGACAGCGAGAUGACUUACGACUGGGAGUAUGCUGGCUUUACCCCCUGCACGGCAACAUGUUUGGGAGGCUACCAAGAAGCCAUAGCUGUGUGCUUACACAUCCAGACCCAUCAGACCGUCAAUGACAGCCUGUGUGACCUGGCUCACCGUCCUCCACCAAUGAGUCAGGCCUGUCACACGGAGCCCUGCCCACCCAGAUGGCACAUGGGCUCUUGGGGGGCCUGUUCAGCCACCUGUGGUGUUGGAAUCCAGACAAGAGAUGUAUACUGCCUGCAUCCUGAGGAAUCCCCGGCCCCGCCGGAGGAAUGCAGAGAUGAGAAGCCUCAUGCCCUACGAGCAUGCAAUCAGUUUGAUUGCCCUCCCAGCUGGCAUAUCGAAGAGUGGCAGCAGUGUUCCAGGACAUGUGGUGGGGGAACUCAGAACCGGAGAGUCACCUGCCGACAGCUGUUAACUGAUGGCAGCUUUCUGAAUUUGUCCGAUGAACUGUGCCAAGGACCCAAGGCAUCGUCUCAUAAGUCCUGUGCCAGGACAGACUGCCCCCCACAGCUGGCUGCUGGAGACUGGUCGAAGUGUUCUGUCACCUGUGGGGUUGGAUUCCAGAGAAGAAAGCAGGUGUGUCAAAAGCUGACUGCCAAAGGCCGAAGAGUCCCCCUAGCUGAGACGCUGUGCAGGGACCUGCCGGGGCUCCCCCUCGUGAGACCUUGCCAGAUGCCGGUGUGCAGCAAACUGAAACUGGGAACGAAGACAAGACUUGGAGAGCGGGGCCCCCAGAUUCUCGGUGUCCGGAGAGUCUAUAUCCAGACAAGGGAGGAGAAGCGGAUCAACCUGACGGUCGGCAGUAGAGCCUACUUGCUGCUCAAUACAUCUGUGAUCAUCAAAUGCCCAGUACGACGUUUCCAGAAGUCUCUAAUCCAAUGGGAGAAGGAUGGCCAUUGUCUGAAGAACUCUAAGCAGCUUGGCAUCACUAAGUCAGGUUCACUGAAAAUCCACAGUCUUUCCACUCCUGACAUUGGCGUGUACAGAUGCAUUGCAGGGUCUGCACAGGAAACGGUUGUUCUCAAGCUCAUUGGGACUGACAACCGGCUCAUUGCUCACCCGUCCCUACGAGAGCACGCGCGAGCUUAUCCUGGGUUGGACCAUAAUGAAGCCAAUAGCUUGGGAGCCACAUGGCAUAAAAUGCGCCAGUUGUGGAAUAGCAAAAAUGAUCUUUAUCUGCAUGGUAGUGAAAUCAAUAAGCAGCCUUUCUUAAGAGCUCUGUUCGGGCCGUGCAGGACCUCUGAAGGAAAUGAUAACUCCUGGGAGUUUAAGAGCAAGCAGUUUGAAGCAGCCAUGAAACAGGGAGCAUACAGCAUGGACACAGCCCAGUUUGAUCAGCUUAUAAGAAACAUGAGUCAGCUUAUGGAGACGGGGGAGGCCAGCGACGACCUGGCAUCCCAGAUGAUAUAUCAGCUGGUAGCUGAAUUGGCCAAGGCUCAGCCUGCGCAGUGGAGGGGCACCCAUGAGGAAGUUGUUGCACCUGAGGCUCAAUUCAGAGGGGAGACAGGAAGAAUUCCUAAAAGCCCCACAGUAAAAAACCCAGGCAAACUGACUUUUAAGCCAAAAGGACCUGUUCUCAUGAGGCAAACUCUACCCCCUUCGGUUUCGUUUAACAAAACAAUAAAUGUGAGGAUUGGGAAUACAGUGUACAUUACAAAAAGCACAGAGGUCAUCAAUAUACUUUGCAGCCUCAUCACUCCCAGCAGUGAGGCCACAUACACAUGGACCAAAGAUGGAGCGUUGCUGCAGCCCUCUGUGAAGAUCAUUUUGGAUGAAACUGGGAAGAUGCAGAUACAGAAUCCCACAAGGAAAGAGCAAGGGAUAUAUGAAUGUUCUGUAGCCAGUCAUCAGGGAUCCGACGUGGAAAGCUCAUUGGUGUUGUAUGCAGAGGCACCUGUCAUCUUGUCUAUUGAAAGAAAUGUCACCAAGCCAGAGCACAACCAUCUGUCUGUUGUUGUGGGAGGCACUGUGGAGGCAGCCCUUCAAGCAAAUGUGACAAUCCACUGUCCUGUAAAAGGUGUCCCUCAGCCUAAUGUAACUUGGUUGAAGAGAGGAGGAUCUCUGAGUGACAAUGUUUCCUUGCUUUUCAAUGGAUCCCUGUUGUUGCAGAAUGCUUCCCUCGAAAAUGAAGGAACCUACAUUUGCACAGCCACCAAUGCUCUUGGGAAAGCAGUGGCAACCUCUGGGCUCCGCUUGCUGGAACGAAGAGAACCGGGCAGUAAGACUGCAUUUCCUAAGGCACAGAGAAAGCGAGUGCUUCAGGCAUCCAAAAACAGAGCAAACAGCAACAACUCAACAGGAAAGUCUCUGCCUCAAGAGUAUUUUUGGGAACCUGGUAACUGGACACACUGUUCUGCCACCUGUGGCCCUUUGGGAGUCCGGCUUCAGAGGCCCCAGUGCAUGAUGGCCAGUGGGCAGGAAGUGAGUGAAGCCCUGUGUGGUUCCCACAGGAAGCCGCUGGCUGGGUUUCAGUCCUGUAACAUCCGAGAUUGCCCAGCAAGGUGGUUUACGAGCAUGUGGUCAGAGUGCUCUGUGUCUUGUGGUGAAGGAUCUCACAGUCGGCAAGUGAUGUGCAAGCAGACAAAAGCCAAUGGGACUGUGCAGGUGGUGUCCCCAAGGGCAUGUGCUUCUAAAGACAGGCCGCUAGGGAGGAAACCGUGUUCUGUCCGGCCGUGCGUUCAACAGGCUACCGACCUCGGAAGCCAGUGUCCUGGACGUUGCAUGGGCCAGGCCAUGAGGAUGCAGCACCACCACAUGCCGUGUGCCCACAACAGCUCCAACUCUGACUGUGAGGACAGGAGGAGACUUGCCUUUAGAAGAAACUGUACCUCAGGGCCAUGUGAGGCAUGUUGGCGUGUGGGUCCCUGGAAGCCCUGCACAGCAGUCUGUGGCAGGGGCUUCCAGUCUCGCAAAGUCAACUGCAUUCACACAGGGAGCUGCAAACCCAUGGCUGACAGACACUGUGUGCAGAUGAAACCAGCUUCCUGGAGGCACUGUUUCGGGCCUUCCUGUGAUAGUACGUACCCGUCUCAGGCCUCUACAAACAAAGGUGCUGCCAGUCAUGCCAAGAAAGAUAAAGCUCUGACAAGGUCGUGAUGCUGCUGUGGUGAGAAAUGAAAGCUAACGAGGUUCUUUCACCCAUGUCCCUGGUUCAAAACCAUGUACUCUUGAAGUCGCUAGAUACUAUGAUCAAGGGGAGGCUAAAGCAGAAACAGCACCUGAUAUGGUUUUAUAAGGUUAAUGUUUCUGGUGGUUGUUUUUAAUGCCAUUUCCUGUAAAGGAUGUAGUCUAGGACUAACAUAAAUGCAUCAGCAGUCAUUCUCUUGCUCUCGGGACGUCAUCACAAACACAUCAUCACCUGCUGUGCUCUGUAGACCGUCAAAGAGUGGUCCAUCCUGAGGACUGCACCUGAGGACUUCUCUUGAGUUGUUGGGUUUCAAGACAUUUGUGUGGUAUUUAUGAUUUAAAGGCUCUGGCCUGUAGCCUUGAGAUGUUGGCACUAAAAGCAUAUCUACAGAUCCUUAUGUUUAUUAUGUGAAGAGGAGACAAUCUCCCUGGACAGUUAAUAACACCAACCAAGCCAAGAAUUCUCCACAUGACAUAUUGUCUUCACUAUUAAAGCAUCUAUGGAAGAAAACACAGUAGUUACAGCUGCCGGUUUUGUAGCUACAGAAAUCUAUCUGUAACCAAAUGAGGCAUCUUGGAAAUCAAAGAAGAGGAAAAGCUUACCUUUUCUACUGAUUCUGAAGUAUAUUCAAAGCUUUCUUUUAAGAGCUGUGAAUGGAACUUUAUCUAAGCACUAUUUUCUUGCACACAAUCAGAAAUCAAAGCCUUACUAGAUGUAAUUUAUGCAUACAAUAAUAUUCCUGGGGAUUGUUAUUUUGGAAAGUUUAUAAGAGAAUAAUCUAAAUAAGAAAUGUGAUAGUUGAAAGAAUUGUUUAUGGUAAAUGAUUAUUAUAAUCUGAGGGGAUUUUUGUCAAUAAAUUCAAAGUCAAUUAGAA